UCAUUUUUCUUUAAAAAAAGGAAGAGAAGAACUGAAGAAGGGUUAACCGAGACGGGACAUUAUCACCUUAACUUGCGGUUUUUUAUGAUGAUACGUCUUUUGUAAUUAGAAUAUCUGAAGAUCCAGGAGCACGAGCCACCAUAGUCUCCAUCGGCUCAAAGGUAGCAUAUUUAGUUAAGCCAUUACGGUCCUUCUUUCAAAGCGAUAUGUCAUUGGGAGCAUCAAAGGCAGUUGUUCAGGUUCUGUGCAGGCCUGUGACUCAAACUGGUUAUAGUGAGCACCUGGUGAACUCUUCGGAUUUGACAUUACAUUCCACAUUUCAAGUAAAAUGUGUGAAGAAAAGACCCCCAAGGCAUAGGCAUUCGAUAAGAUGUUCUAGCAUGCUUCUAAGUCAGUUACGAAGAACUCAUCAACUUCGACCGAUGGGUGUUAGUUUGGUCAAUUAUAUGAACUAUAGUGGGUCGUGGUUUCAGACAUGCAAAUGCCAGCAGUCAGAGAGUGCAAGUGGCAUAACUGCAGGAGAUGGAAAUGGAGCAUGGUCUGUGAAUAAUAUUGAAACAUCAAAUUCAGUAAACAACUUGGCGAAUGCAAAGUCUAUUCUUGAGUUCCAAGAUGUUCAACAACUGAAACAAGAAAAGGCUUUGACAUCUAAGAUUGCAAAUGGAACUAUCCCAGAUAGCUUCUCCAUUGAGGAAGAAGCAUGGGAUCUACUAAGGGAAUCUAUAGUUCAUUAUUGUGGCAGUCCUAUAGGAACUAUUGCUGCAAAGGAUCCAACCAGUUCCAAUGUUUUAAAUUAUGACCAGGUCUUCAUUCGAGAUUUCAUUCCUUCUGGAAUAGCUUUCCUAUUGAAGGGAGAGCAUGAUAUUGUUCGCAAUUUUAUCCUUUAUACACUUCAAUUGCAGAGCUGGGAGAAAACAAUGGAUUGUCAUAGUCCUGGACAAGGUUUGAUGCCUGCUAGUUUUAAGGUUAGGACUGUUCCUCUAGAUGGUGAUGAUUCUGCAACAGAAGAGGUUUUGGAUCCUGACUUUGGUGAGGCAGCAAUUGGCCGUGUCGCUCCAGUUGACUCCGGAUUGUGGUGGAUUAUUUUAUUACGAGCUUAUGGAAAAUGCUCCGGUGAUCUGUCUGUUCAGGAGAGGAUUGAUGUGCAAACAGGAAUUAAGAUGAUUUUGAGAUUGUGCCUUGCUGAUGGUUUUGACAUGUUUCCAACGCUAUUAGUAACUGAUGGUUCUUGCAUGAUAGAUCGGAGAAUGGGAAUUCACGGGCAUCCUUUGGAGAUUCAGGCACUAUUUUAUUCUGCCUUACUUUGUGCUCGGGAGAUGCUUACUCCGGAAGACGGAUCAGCAGAUCUUAUACGAGCAUUGAACAAUCGUCUAGUAGCUCUUUCAUUUCAUAUUAGAGAAUAUUACUGGAUUGAUAUGAAAAAGUUAAAUGAGAUUUAUCGGUAUAAGACAGAGGAGUACUCAUAUGAUGCAGUUAACAAGUUCAACAUAUACCCAGACCAGAUUUCUCCUUGGUUAGUAGAAUGGAUGCCAAACAAAGGAGGUUAUCUUAUUGGUAACCUGCAACCGGCUCACAUGGAUUUUCGAUUUUUUUCACUUGGAAACUUGUGGUCCGUUGUAAACAGCUUGGCCACCAUGGAGCAAUCACAUGCAAUAUUGGACCUCAUUGAAGCCAAAUGGUCGGAUUUGGUAGCAGAGAUGCCAUUCAAGAUCUGUUACCCUGCUCUUGAAGGUCAGGAGUGGCAGAUAAUCACAGGCAGCGAUCCUAAGAACACGCCUUGGUCCUACCAUAAUGCAGGCUCCUGGCCAACAUUGCUAUGGCAGCUCACUGUUGCAUGCAUAAAGAUGAAUAGACCUCACAUUGCUGCAAAAGCUGUUGAAAUUGCUGAGAGAAGAAUAUCCAGAGACAAGUGGCCGGAAUACUAUGACACAAAGAGAUCUCGGUUCAUUGGAAAGCAAUCGCGACUGUUUCAGACUUGGUCGAUUGCAGGAUAUCUCGUGGCGAAGCUGCUGCUGACUGACCCGAGCAAAGCAAAUAUACUGAUUACCGAAGAGGACUCUGAACUUGUGAAUGCCUUGAUUACUGCAAAUCCCAGAGGGAAGCGUGGUCGGAAGAAUUUGAAGCAGACCUACAUUGUAUGAAACCUUGAAUUGCCAUUCACUUUGUUCCUUUGGGUGGGUGGUAUAAGCUUCAGAGUCCAUUUUUGUUCUUGUAAUCCAAUCCAUUCAUCAGAUUUGUAGCAUGUUAUUCUAGAAACAUUAGAGAUGUGAAAAAUAUAUAGUAAUGAUGAACCUGUGAUAUAGUAUAGUAGUAUGUACAUGGAUAUGUAAUUGUGUAGAAGAUAUUAAUAA